UUUAUAAACAACGAUUGCCGGGUGCAGUCGGAAACCUCGGAUUCGGCGACAUACACAGCACCAAGAACCCGAAGCAGCGUGCUCGUAAAAGCAUAUGUAAUUGCUUAUCACACCGGACUGUCCGAAAUCGGUAUAUUCCAUCGCUCCAGCGACAACAGAUCCCUUACCAUCUCGUACCCCCCGCGAAUUGCCGGUUUACGUAAACGCCAAUUCAAUUGUGUUCAUUUUAAAAACGUUUUAGCAGAGAGCAGCACAGCGCAUUAAUCAAAAUAAAAAAUGCGGCUACUGGUCAGACACGCGAUUCGAUUGUUGGGUCAGGAGAAUCGAGGAGGAGGUGGUGGUGAGGUGGCCUUAUUUUGGAAAGGAGGAAUCCGGCUGAAGGCCACAACCGGUUACCUAAAGCUGGCCACAGCAAGUGCUCAGCCAUUGGAGUCGGAGAAACAGGUGCUGAGAAACAAUUCUCCACUGACGGAUUCAUUUGGCCGACACCACACCUAUUUGAGGAUUUCUCUAACCGAACGCUGCAACCUGCGAUGUGACUACUGCAUGCCCGCUGAGGGAGUUCCCUUGCAACCCAAGUCGAAUCUGCUGACCACCGAGGAAAUCCUUCGCCUAGCGCGCAUUUUCGUGGAGCAGGGAGUGCGAAAGAUCCGGUUAACAGGAGGAGAACCCACUGUCAGGAGGGAUAUAGUAGAGAUAGUGGCACAAAUGAAGGCUCUACCGGAACUGGAGCAAGUUGGCAUAACAACCAAUGGUCUGGUGCUCACCCGUCUGCUUCUGCCGCUCCAGAGAGCAGGAUUAGAUUCCCUAAACAUCAGCUUAGAUACACUGAAGAGAGAUCGCUUUGAGAAAAUAACCCGGCGAAAAGGUUGGGAGCGGGUGAUAGCUGGCAUCGAUCUAGCCGUUCAAUUAGGCUAUCGUCCCAAGGUUAACUGUGUCCUUAUGCGCGAUUUCAACGAAGACGAGAUCUGCGACUUUGUAGACUUCACCAGGGAUCGUCCAGUGGAUGUGCGCUUUAUAGAGUAUAUGCCAUUUUCAGGUAACAAGUGGCAUACAGAAAGGCUUAUUUCCUACAAAGAUACCCUGCAAGCUAUCCGUCAAAGGUGGCCGGAUUUCGAGGCCCUUCCCAAUGGACCCAAUGACACAUCCAAAGCUUAUGCUGUGCCUGGUUUCAAGGGCCAGGUGGGUUUCAUCACCUCGAUGACGGAACACUUUUGUGGAACCUGCAACAGAUUGCGACUUACUGCGGAUGGUAACAUCAAGGUGUGUUUGUUUGGCAAUAAGGAGUUCUCCUUGAGAGAUGCCAUGCGAAAUGAGGGUAUAUCGGAGGAGCAGCUGGUGGAUCUGAUUGGAGCGGCGGUGCAGCGCAAGAAGAAACAGCAUGCAGAUGCUGCGCCACGGCUCCAUCAUCAAUACCAUUUUCUGUAUCACCCAGCACAUCAUUCUUCAAAGUUGCAGCUCCAGGUCCGAAAUUGCAGCCAGCUCACCCAUGUCAAUGCCCAGGGCAAGGCCCAAAUGGUGGAUGUGGGCGCCAAGCCUUCGACCACAAGAAUAGCUCGUGCAGAGGCCACUGUCCUGGUGGGCAAGCAUCUCACCCAACUUAUAGCAGCCAAUGAGCUGGCCAAAGGAGAUGUCUUAACGGUGGCCCAACUGGCUGGCAUCAUGGGAGCCAAACGCACAUCCGAACUGAUACCCCUGUGUCACAAUAUCAGCUUGUCCUCCGUGAAAGUGCAGGCCACUCUUCUCAGGAAUGAGCACUCAGUCCGGCUGGAGGCAUCGGUUCGCUGCUCCGGCCAAACUGGAGUCGAAAUGGAAGCCCUAACCGCUGUUUCCGUGGCCGCCUUAACUGUCUACGAUAUGUGCAAGGCCGUUUCCCACGACAUCUGCAUCACCAACGUCCGCCUGUUGAGCAAAUCCGGCGGAAAAAGGGACUUCCAGCGGGAGGAGUCGAAAGAAGGAGCAGUACAAGAGGUCGAGUGAGGAGUUGCGCUGACUGACUGGAUUAGUUUUAAUGUUAUGGUUAAACCAUAUAUAGGGGAAUAGAAAAUCUUAUACUGCUUAUUAUUCACCUAACCAUUUUUAAUUAGGAAGAGUUAUAUGAAAAUCAAAAUAACUAACUAUCGUUUUAUACAUUUGUUAACAUGGAUUUUUUCCUUCCUAAAUUGUGCUUCUUUAAAUCUAUUAUACUUUUUAUGAAAAAUGUAAUUUGUAUCAACAUACAAAGAAUGUAAUUUUUAGUGCUUUUAUAAAUAUGAAUAGACCCGAAAAAUGAAUUGACUAAUGUAAAAAUAAUAACAAAGACAUGAAAUAAAUUUUUUUAAUUAGCUGUAAUACUA